UGCCGAGAAACGGACAUCACUGAAUUGUAAUUGUUUUUUUGAAGUGGACGGAGCAGAAAAUAGCAAAAGUAGAGUAAAUGUUCAAUAUGUUCGCCAGUAAAAUGAUAAUUUGGCUCUUGUUAUGUGGCGCAGUCCUGUCCCAAAAUGUUAUUAGUUUAAAGGACGCCCAGUUUGGUACUACUAAUUUGCCUAUAGAAGAUUUGACAACGCCAAUCACCUCUACAUCAACCUCAACAGUGAAGCCAACUAGCUCUAGUUCAACUUCGACGACGACCACACCGAGCACUGAGCCACCAAAGACGACAACCACACCGGCUCCAGUGCCUUCCACGACCCAUGCUCCCCAACCAUAUCCGUCGCCCUCCGUGGGCACUUGGAAUGCGUCCUGUAUUUUGCUCCGAAUGGCGGCCCAGCUUAACUUCACCUAUGAGGCCAAGGAUGGAAACCUUACUCACGGCCUUUACAAUAUUCCGAGUAAUGCCUCAAUCGGAGAUAAUGUUUGUGAUAGCAAGACCGUUCAGGUAAUUCAACUUACCUGGGGGCCCAACACGUCCAAGCAAUCUUUCCUUAUGUUCUUCGACAACAAAAACGAGAGCGUUGUGCUAUCCUUGAUUCAAAUCCAUCUGACUGUGCUUACUGAGGACUUCCCUGAUGCCAAGGAAAACCAAACUAUUCAGCUAAUUCAUCGUGGCACUGAGGAAUUCAAAGCUCCCGAAAAGAUGUCUUACCAUUGCACACGCGUACAGACGCUGAACUUAACAGAGACUGUGGAUUCAAAGUCGUUGACUGGUUCGAUCAGCGUUAGUCAAGUUCAAGUGGAGGCCUUCCGGACGACUAACGCUACAGGAUUCUCCGCCGUGCACGAUUGCGAUAGCUCCGAAACAUCAGAUGUGGUGCCCAUCGCCGUUGGAAUUGCUUUGGCUGCCCUGAUUCUGGUUGUUCUUAUCUCGUAUCUGUGCGCUAGACGUCGCUCCACCUCUCGCGGCUAUAUGAGCUUCUAAGGGGAGAGAAGGGAAUAAGUUUAUGUUUGGGGAAAAUUAGAAAUGGAAAGGAAUUGAAGGAGAAGCAUGUUAGAGGGAGAGCGUUAGAGAGAAAUUUAAGAUUGAUUUUGAUAAUUGGAAGCUGUCUGUGAAUAUGAACCACAUCCCAUUUUGUUUUGAUUCUGAUUUGUAGGACUUAAAGCGGAUUGUUUUUGGAUAGGUUUUCAUAUUACGAGCUGGAGUGGAAUAUAAAAAGGGAAAAGUAAGGAGAGUAUACAAAAUUAUAAAAAAAGGAACUGCAAACCUGUUUUUGUUGUGCACGUAAGCGUAAAAAGUUUGUAUUGUAAAAUCAAUUUAAAAGAUCCCGACCGAAAACUCAUUUAUUACAUAAACCAUUUCCUUAUAAGGAAUGGAGUGAACCCUAAAUUUUAAAGAAGCCAUUGGAGCACACAUUUUAACCAAAUAAAUCGAUCACGUAAAUUAAAUUAAAUGUAAUUAGCGUGUCAUUCAGAAAUAUAGGUGAAAACGGGCGUGAACGCUUUGGUUUGGGUAAUAAAGACGUUUAUUUACUAUGCGUAAAUUGUAUAUCAACAGUUUUACGAUUGAGCUGUCAUUUAAAUUUCUUAAAACGUAAUAACAUAAAUCCAACAAUGUAUUAUUGCCCUUAAAACGUAAUAAAGAUAAUAUAUUUCAAACCAA